AUCACCUCAGCGUGCGUAAUUGGAGUGUGUGUUCCAACGAUCUGCGGCUACUUACGACGGUCGAGGAGGGAGCAACACAUCUAUCUUCUUCCUUGCGCAUCAUUCCUUGGAGUCAUCACCGCUCAAGAGCAUGGACCGAACCGUGGAAUCCUUCAAGUCCUUCAUCCGGACAGUACCGCCAAAUCCAAGCACCUUGAGCGACGUCUCGCCAUUGACUCCAGGUAGUCAGACAUUAUACCCCCUGAUCAUACCAUCGCCGCCGAAGCAAAUGGACACUGAUGUUAACUUCACUCCAUGGAUGGCACCCACUGAAUGGAAUACCACCCCAUCUGCUCAGCCGGUUCCGGUCUCUGCGCCCCGCGAAUGCUCCCCACUAAUACCAGAACCUUCUCCCAGUGUCGGCAGCAUACGGACAGAGUCUUGGUCUUGGCCGGCUGAAACAAGCGAAUUCGAGCCUGCACCAUUGCGACCUGUAUAUGGAUGUUCGGACCCUGCAUCUAACCAACCAACACGCAAACUGUCGAGAUCUUCGUCACAUAGAAAGGGCCUAGACACUCUUAUUUCUCCUACCUUUUCAACACCGUGCGCAGAUGUCAUAUACCAAACAUCAAAUGAUUUGCGCAGAGCAAAGGCCUACGUAUCGUUGGGCAUAAUGUGGCCGAGAGAGAUGAAGACUGGAUGCGAAUACUGGUCUGCCACCCCAGAUGAAGACAGCACUACGCGAAUAUCUCCAGCAUUACGAGGGAAGAAACUACCACCAUUGUACCGUACGAGCCCAUUUUUGGACGACGAAUGCGAAGAUGAGGAGCUGAGCGAUAGGUUGCAACUUCUAAGCUUCUCGCAAGAUUAUCAUGGUGUGCUGGCGGACCAAUACUAUGAAUGCAGAGCUCUUCGGCCUCGAAGCAGCGUUCGGACUGUCACCUCAACGGGAUUGUCUUUGUGCGGCUGCAUACCAAUUCCAAGGUUCCGAUCGAGAACCCACAAGUCGAUGUCAGAGCAUCCGGCGGGAAGAAAAACUUCGAACCUGCGAAAGAAAAGUAAAAAGAGAAGCCUUUGGACACCACUCCAGCACAUCAGCCGAGGAGACCGACAACCGUCCCUUGAUGAAGGGAUACCUCCGCGCUUUACCAAAGGAUCUACGGCUUCCCAUCAGAAAUGCGUUUCCAGCGUUCCGUCCCAAGCUAAAGGCCAGGGAAUCAACAAGUCACGCGCUGGAUCUAUCAAACAUACAGAGACCGAAAAGCCUUCUCAUAUCUCGCAGGGAACAGCCUCUGAUUCUUCUUCCCAAGGAUACCGCAGCGUUCUGUUCCGACUCCCAAGAGGUUUUGCUCUGGUUCGACUGUCUUCUGCUACAACAUCGCAUUCCGAAACGACAAGUAGCUGCGAUGCUCUUCCAAGUGAGCAUGAACGACAAAAGUCGAGCGCAGUAUCUGACUACCCCUGGCGGAGGUCAUCCUGGUACAAUUCAUCUCUGCCGACAUCUCCGACCGCGCUCGAGUUUCCACCUCCGCUUCCAGUAUACGCGUCGCAAAUCCCGAGGUCUCAAUCGGGGGCUUCUUCACCAUAUCUGGCUAGCAAAACAUGGGUUGAAGAGACACAUGACGAAGGACUACCUGAUGAAGAGGGUAAUAGAAAUAGUAAUGGUCUGGUGAAAAGAGCACGAGAUGUGCGCGACACCUGGCGAAGGCAUCAGAGAGACACUAGGCAAGAUAAGCUUAAACGCAGUAUCAGAGUAGUUGGGCUUGUGGAUCCAACAUUAGCGGCUAGCUAUGAGAAGUCUUGGGGUAGAUGAGAUGGAGAUGAUAGUAAUGAUUAGGGUAUAAUAUCAAAGCACACAGUUGAGAAUUUAC